GCCCGUAGAGCAGCAGUCAGACGUUAGCGAGACUUCGAGCCGAACAGAACUACUUUAAACUUCGACCGCCGAGUUCUGGAUUAAUUCAAAAAUAAUAAGAACAAAAAAUAGUAAAAAAAAAACGGCUGUGGAAACAGUGUCGAAAUCUUUUGGCAAAUAUUUGCCAAUUAAUAAAGCAAGUGUCUGUGGAGUGAAGUGAAUUGUGGUCUAAAACGCAAAAAUAGAAAGACCCAGCCAUGUCCGAGUUUGUGCGGCAGCAUGGCGAAUACGUGUGGGUUAAGCCGCAAAACACCACCAGUGAGUUCGCAGUGCCUUUCGGCGCCAGAAUAGUGAGGACGGAAAAGACCCAGACCCUGGUCUGCGAUGACCGGAACAAACAGUUCUGGGUUCCGGCGGGAGAUGUCCUGAAGGCCAUGCAUAUUACCUCCCAGGAGGAUGUGGAGGACAUGAUCACACUGGGGGAACUACAGGAGUACACUAUUCUAAGGAAUCUGCAGAAUCGCUAUGCCAAGCAGCUAAUUUAUACCUUUACUGGCUCUAUGCUGGUGGCCAUCAACCCUUACCAGAUCCUGCCCAUCUACACAAAUCGCGAAAUUCAACUGUACAGGAACAAGACCCUCGCCGAGCUGCCUCCACAUAUUUUCGCCAUCAGUGACAAUGCCUUCCAGAGACUCCAGAGGCUCAAGGAGAAUCAGUGCGUGGUUAUUAGUGGAGAAUCGGGUGCUGGGAAAACCGAGAGCACCAAGCUUAUACUUCAGUACCUGGCCGCCAUUAGUGGCAAGCACUCGUGGAUCGAACAGCAAAUCAUUGAGGCCAAUCCCAUCAUGGAGGCCUUCGGAAAUGCCAAGACUGUGCGGAACGACAACUCCUCGAGGUUCGGAAAGUAUAUAGAGAUCCGGUUCACACCCGAGGGAGCCAUUCAGGGCGCACGAAUCCAGCAGUAUCUCUUGGAGAAGUCCCGCAUCGUUUUCCAGAGCCGGGAGGAGCGAAACUAUCACAUAUUUUACUGCAUGCUGGCAGGACUAUCCGCUCCGGAAAGGGAGCGCUUGAAGCUGCAGGAGCAGUCUCCAAGCCAGUACCAUUACUUGGCUCAAGGAGGUUGUUUCACUCUGCCCGGCAGGGGAGAUGCCAAGGACUUUGCCGACAUUCGAGCUGCCAUGAAAGUGCUCUCCUUCAAGCCCGAAGAGGUCUGGAGUAUUUUCAGUUUGUUGGCAGCCAUUUUGCAUUUGGGAAACCUGCGGUUCAAGGCCACGGAAAUCGCCAACCUAGAGGCAGCCGAAAUCGAUGAUCCGCAAAACCUUCAAAGGGUGGCUCAAUUGCUGGGAACUCCCAUCUCCUCCCUGAAUGCCGCCCUCACCCAAAGGACGAUCUUUGUGCAUGGUGAGCAUGUGACCACCAGUUUGUCCAAGGAAGGCGCCUUAGAAGGACGAGAUGCCUUUGUCAAGGCCCUGUAUGAUGGCAUCUUUGUGCGGAUCGUACGGCGGAUUAAUGAGACUAUUGAUAAGCAAGUGGAUCGGCCCAUGAACAGUAUCGGAGUGCUGGAUAUAUUUGGCUUCGAGAAUUUCGAUAAUAAUAGCUUCGAGCAGCUCUGCAUUAAUUAUGCCAACGAGAAUCUGCAGCAGUUUUUUGUGGGACACAUUUUCAAGAUGGAACAAGAUGAGUACCAAAACGAGCACAUCAACUGGCAGCACAUUGAGUUCCAGGACAAUCAGCAAAUCCUCGAUCUCAUUGGCAUGAAGCCCAUGAACCUUAUGUCCUUGAUCGAUGAGGAGUCCAAAUUCCCCAAGGGCACAGAUCAGACUCUCCUCGAAAAGUUGCACGUUCAGCACGGAAAUCGUUCCAUUUAUGUGAAAGGAAAAACCACACAGACAUCUCUUUUCGGAAUCCGGCACUAUGCCGGCGUGGUUAUGUACAAUCCAUUGGGCUUCCUGGAGAAGAACAGGGACUCCUUUAGUGGGGAUCUACGGUCGUUGGUUCAGAGAUCAGCUAAUAAGUAUCUGGUGGAUAUCUUCCCUCAUGAAAUACCCAUGGAUACGGCCAAAAAACAGCCCACUUUGUGCGUGAAGUUUAGAAACUCAUUGGAUAUGCUAAUGCGAACUCUGUCGCAGGCUCAUCCUUACUUCAUUCGGUGCAUCAAGCCAAAUGAAUACAAGGAGCCAAAGAACUUCGACAAGGAGCUGUGUGUCCGCCAGUUGCGCUAUUCUGGCAUGAUGGAGACCGCUCGCAUCCGCCGGGCUGGCUAUCCCAUUCGCCACGCCUACCGCGCCUUCGUAGAGCGAUACCGCCUUCUGAUCCCACCAGUGGGUCCAUUGGAGAAAUGCGACUGCCGCGAGGUGACCAGACAAAUCUGCGAUGUGGCACUGCCCGCCAAUUCAGAUCGCCAGUUUGGAAAGACGAAGCUCUUCCUGCGGGACGAAGAUGACGCGAGUCUGGAGCUGCAGAGAUCCCAGGUGAUGCUCAAGUCGAUUGUGACCAUUCAAAGGAUGAUCCGAAGGAUUCUGUUCCGACGGUAUAUGAAGAAGUACCGCGAGGCCAUCAUUACGGUGCAGCGUCAUUGGCGGGGUCGACUGCAGCGCCGUAAGUAUCAGGUAAUGCGUCAGGGCUUCCAUCGCCUGGGAGCCUGUGUAGCAGCCCAGCAACUGACCACCAAGUUUACGAUGGUGCGAUGCCGGACCAUCAAGCUCCAGGCCUUGAUCAGAGGCUACUUGGUCCGCAAAGACUUCAAGAACAGGCUGCAGGAGCGAAGAAAGCAGCAGCAACUCAAGAAGGAGGAACUCCUACGGUUGGCCAAGAUAAAAGAGGCCGAAGAAGUGCAGCGCUUGAAGUUACUAAAGGAGCAAAAAGCCAAGGAGCAAAAGGAGCUGGAGGAGAAACGCCUGAAAGAGGAACAAAGACUCAAAGCCGAGGCAGCUGCUCGGAACGCUCUGGCCAUGGCUGCUGUUCAGCAACCCAAGAGAACCAGCCGGUCCUUCAAACAGGAGGCGCCCAAAGCACCCACCCUACAGGCCAGGAUGUCCCUGCCACCGCCUCCACCCACCAGUUACAUUGCCGCCGCACCACUGCCCAUCAGACCAGCCAGUAGCGCCACCAGCAGGAUCAACACCAUACCCGAGAGUCCCGGCACCAUCGAUGUGGAGUCCUCCAAGCAGAUGGUCGACGAUGUGUUCCGCUUCCUGAACGACGAGCCAGAUGCUGCCUUGAGGAAACUGAAUAGUAUCACCACAGGCAAUACUAUACGAUUACCGAAACAAAUUCCCAAUAAUAUCGACACUUCGGACUUUAGUUAUUUAAAAUAUGCCUCUACCUACUUUUGUGGAGGCGCCACCGCCCAACAUGAACGAAAGCCCCUCAAGCAAUCUCUAUUGCAACAUGAACAGCCUGUGGAUGAAAUGGCCUCAAAGGCCAUUUGGUUGACGAUUUUGCGUUUCAUGGGCGACUUGCCAGACAUUAAUCAAACUCCCUCCAUACUUUCCUUGGACAAUGCCAACCUCAUGUCAGAUUUGACGCGGCUUCUAAGUGUUUCUGGAUCUGUCAAGCCGCGUUUAUUUGUGCGACAAAGGCCCUUGAAACUGAUGGACGGUGGCCAGAGGGAAGUGGAGGAGUUCUACCAACAUUGGAUCACUGUUUCCAGCAGCCACUUAGAUAAAAUUAACUUUAUAGUUGGACAUGGCAUACUGAAAGAGAGCUUGAGGGACGAAAUCCUGGCUCAAAUCUGCAAGCAGUUGUAUCUGAAUCCUAGUCGAAACUCCUAUACCCGAGGAUGGUUGCUCCUUACCCUUUGUCUGAGCUGUUUUCCGCCGAGUAGCAAGUUCGAGCCGCAUCUGCGCAGUUUCAUGAAACAGGGAACGGCUCAGCUCCAGGCGGCGCCUGCCCUUCAGAGGCUGGAAAGGACCCUGGUCAAUGGAGUGAGAAGUCAGCCACCCUCCCUGUUCGAACUUCAAGCUAUAAGGGAGCGUCUUCCCCUGAAACUGGACAUUCAUCUGAUGGAUGGACAGCAGCGAAGACUGCAGGUGGAUGCAGCUAGCACGGCUCGAGAGGCAGUGAAUCAACUGUGCAAGGGACUCGGCUUAGUUAAUACUUUUGGCUUUGGCCUGGUAAUGUCGCUCCACGGAAAACUAUUCCCCAUGGGAGCUGGCCAAGAACACAUUCUGGACGCCGUUUCCGAGUGCGAGCAACGGCAAUUGGAUUCCCCUUGGAAGAUCUAUAUGCGAAAGGAAAUGUUUGCCACCUGGUACGAUCCCACGGUAGACUCCAAGGCCACACACUUGAUAUACAAACAAAUCGUAAAUGGCCUUAAGCUCGGCGAGUACCGCUGUCGAUCUGAAAAUGAUAUAGCCAUGGUGUGUGCCCUGGCUUGUUUCAUAGAGCACGGUCCCGGGGAUAUCAGACGCCUGAAGUCCUCUGAAAUCACAGCCUUUGUCCCGAGUGAUCUCUUGGCUCCUGGGGAGAAGGCCAUCAGCAAUUGGAGUCGCUUGAUUACUGCCACCUACGAGAAGAGCUCCUAUGUGAGGCAGGAACAGAAGGACUUGCUGGAGGAGGCACAGCAAAGAGCCAAGGAGGACAUAUGCCUUUUCGCUCACCUAACCUGGCCCAUGAGGCAUUCCCGUUUGUUUGAAGUGGUCCGCCGAGAAGGUCCUAAGCUGCAGAGCGAUGACUUGAUGCUGGGUAUCAAUGCCACAGGACUCUUUUUGAUUGACGAAACCGAGCAGGUGCUGGCCUCCUGCAGUUUCGCCGAAUUACUGAAAGUUUACAACGAAGUCAACGAUGAAAUCCAUGUCCUGACCUUCCAACAAGUCAAUUUCGUCCUGCAGUGCAGCACUGCCCAAGAUGCCAGUGAAAUGAUCAACUAUAUGCUGGAAAAUCUCCAAGAACGAUCGAGUUAUGGAAUAGCUUUGGACAACUCACAGGAUACGGAUCAAGAGGAUUUCCUGGUCCUGGCACCAGGUGAUCUCAUCGAAUUCGAAGCUGGAGUAACUGGAUCCAAGAUUUUAAGCAGUAAUGCCCAGGACGUUUAUAGGGGUUGUGCAAAUGGUCAGUGGGGUAACUUUGCAGCUGGAAAUGUUAGGGUUCUAGCCACCCUAACUAAGCCCAGUGCCAAGUUGCAGGAAAUUUUCAAGGAAGGACACUUGGAUGCUCCCCCGAAACCAAUGCCCAGAUCGGUUCACAUAAGACGUCGUCAACAUAAUAUUUCUCAGCUGGCUGAGACUCAAUUUAGGGAACCAAUAGAAACCGAUAUGGCUCCUUUGACGAAGUAUUCCCCAGAGCCGCUGAAGGCUCCUCUGCUUAAAGCUGUCGUGAAAGUGGCUCCCCUCUUUCAGCAGGCUUUGGUUAUUCAUCAUCACAUACUCAAGUACAUGGGUGACAUUGCCAGGAGCAAUUUGCCAGUGAACACGGACCUUAUUUUCCAACCUGCCUUGCAACACCCUCUCCUCUGCGAUGAACUCUACUGCCAGUUGAUGAAACAGCUGAGCGAUAAUCCCUCGGCCGAGAGUGAGAAGCGGGGCUGGGACCUGCUCUACCUGGCAACAGGACUCGUGGCACCCAGCGUCCUGGUUAUGAGGGAGCUGAUUAUCCUUCUGCGCAUGCGAGCCGACGGUUUGGCCGAUGCCUGUCUGAAGCGCUUGAAACGAUCUUUGGCCCAGGGUCAGAGGAAGCAGGCACCCCACCUCAUUGAAGUGGAGGGCAUCCAGCAGAGGUGCCUUCACAUCUACCACAAAGUAUACUUCCCCGACGACACUGUCGAGGCCUUCGAGAUCGAAUCCCAUACCCGUGGAGCUGAGCUCAUUGCGGAUAUCGCCCAGAGAUUGGAGCUUAAGUCUCCAGUGGGCUAUAGUAUUUUCCUGAAAACUGGGGACAAAGUUUACGCCAUGCCCGAGGAGGAAUUUGUCUUCGAUUUUAUCACACAACUUAUUUUUUAUUUGCGGCAGCAGAAGACCCUUCGCUCCAUGUCCGACGGUCACUACCAAUUGCAUUUUAUGAGAAAACUCUGGCUGAACAAUCUUCCUGGCGAAGAUCUGAAUGGCGACAUUAUAUUCAGUUAUCCGCAGGAGUUGCAUAAGUAUCUGAAGGGCUACUAUCCCAUCGACUGCGAGCAGGCCUCGCAUCUGGCAGGACUUCUGUACAGUGCGGAUCAUGAGGUGAGCCUGCAAAGGCUCCCGGAGGUUCUGCCCCGUUUGGUUCCCGAAGACUUGAUUCCCCUGCUAACGGUGGCCGAGUGGAGACACCAAAUCCUGCCCAGAUUGCACCACGACAACAUUACAGAGGAUCAAGCCAAGAUCCUGUUCCUCCAGGAGCUGUCCCGGUUCAGCUGCUUCGGCUCCACAUUCUUCGUGGUCAAGCAACAAAACGACGACACUAUUCCCGAAACCAUACUAAUUGCCAUAAACAGUUCCGGCUUCCAUCUCCUGGAUUUGCAAACGAAGGAAGUUCUUAGGAGCUACGAAUACUCCCAGCUGGGCAUUUGGAGUUCGGGCAAAAACCAUUUCCAUAUAAGAUUUGGCAACAUGAUUGGCGCCUCCAAGCUGCUGUGCAACACGAGUCAGGGCUACAAGAUGGACGAUUUGCUGGCCUCCUACUCGAGGUACUUUAAUCAAGCUGAGUAAACUCUGGUCUUACUCUCCGGUCAAAUAAAAAUCGUUCUUAGAAAUAA